AAACAGAACUAUCAACUAUAUUAUAAUAGUGUUUCCAUUUGGAGUUCUCAGUUCAGUAAAACGUCAGGCCGCGGUCGCCAAUUUAGUGGUAAAUUAUAGUUGUUCGCUUUUUAAUUUAGAAAAAAAAAACGCAACGCCAUUAAUAAUUUAUUGUUCUACAGUGUAAUUUACACAUACUUACUUUUGAUUGUGGAAUGGUCGCACGUGUUCAUUUUCAGUAAAAGAAAAGGCGCGCGUUACCUGCUCGUUAUCAUUGGAUUGAUAAAAAUAAAAUAAAUAUUCGCCAUCAAAAUAUUUCAAAGUCAAAUUAUACAGUAAAUAGUCAUUAAUCAAAAGCCACACAAUGGCGGAAUCGUUCAAGAUAACCGACUACGACUGUAUAGGUUUCGACUUGGAUAACACGAUUUGCGAAUAUCGAAUUGCACCGAUGAUUCAAAUGAUAUAUCAAGUAAUCACCGAAUACUUGAUAAAUAAUUUCAAUUACUCCAGUGACCAUCUGCGAAAACCCGUGGAUUAUGACUUCCUACAAAAAGGGCUGAUAUUGGAUAUCGAACGAGGCAAUAUUUUGAAGUUGAACAGUAAUGGACAGAUCGUGAAAGCGUCGCACGGCACCAGGUUCAUGCACGACCAUGAAAUUAUAUCGACUUAUGGGCCUCAAAGAAAAUGGUCAGUUACAGAUAGUUUUGUCGAAAACUUUAUGAACACAUGGAAUGGACCGCUGUCGAAAAAAAUUCGCCCCUUAUUGGAUUAUUUCGAUAUGCCAAUAUCUUUGGUUUUCGCACGUUGUAUAGAUAGUGUAGACGAUCAGGGUCCGCCCAAUACCUACGAUGUUUGGCCUCAUGUGUUCAAUGGGCUUCAUAACAUGUACUCCAGAGAAAAUUUUGCCACAAACGUAGGGGACUAUUUUUACAAAUUGAAAAAUUCUCCUUCUCUGUAUUAUAAUAAAUGUCCGGAUUACGUGUUCGAUUGGCUCAAGGAAUUAAAAAAACGGAAGAAAGUUUUCCUCAUAUCUGGCUCGCAUGUAGAUUAUGCGACUUUCAGCGCCUCGCAUUCUCUAGGACCCAACUGGCGAGAUUUGUUUGAUAUCUCUGUAUUUUUUGCCAAGAAGCCAGGGUUUUUUAGUGAUCAAAGACAGUUUUACAAUACCGAAGCACUUGCUGAGACGAAUGUAACCAACGAAAUAAGUUUUGGUAAUGUAUACAGCCAGGGUAACUGGAAUCAAUUACAUAAUCUUUUGAAAAAAGAAACUGGAAAAUCUAAUCCUAAAUGUUUGUAUGUCGGUGACAAUAUUUUGCAAGAUGUCAUAGCCCCACAACGAUUUUCUGGUCUCGAUACGAUUGCCGUGGUUGAAGAAAUGAAAAUGGACUGUAAAGAUAAGAAAUAUUGUCCUGAUACUAACAUGCUAAAGCCCAAUAAAUGGAGUUCCUAUUUUAUAGACGCUGAUAAUAGUGAAACAUCGAUUUGGUCAUCAUUUAUAAUAAACCAUGGUAAACUCUGUGUGCCAUCAAUAAAAGACUUAGCGAGCAAAAGCAUUGACUAUGAAUACCAGACGUUUAGUAAACUUAAAAAAUAUGGAGGAUUUUUUCCUUAUAUACCACAUAGUUUACAUAAAUUUUUAAAAUUAUAGAACAAUUUUUGAAAAGACUUUUAUUGUUGAAAACCGAUAAUAUAAAAUCAAAUUAUUUUGUGAUAUAUUAUGUUACAUGUACAUAUUUUUUUUAAAAAAAUAAACAUUGUUUUUUUUCAAAAUUUAAAUUGUUUAAAAAAAUUAUAUAUGUAUAAAUAUAGCUUUAAUAUUAUUCUCUAACAGUAAAUUAUAACCUAUAUUAAGCACAUACAGUAAUUAUAAUUCUUAUUUUUAAAGCGAGUAAUAGGUAAUAAAAUUGGAAACAUACAAUAUUAUAACCUGAGUAUGUAACACCAUA